AUGCGGGAGAACGGUGGGGUGCUUCACAGGUGCGUCGGGACAAAAGGACACGGAGCUUGCUCUGUGACAGAGGCAACGGAGACGACCCCGGAACGAUACGGUGUUCUCCCGCGGUUUCCACCCCUUUUCUUUCAUAUUAAAACUCCUGUGGCGGAAACCCCUGCGGGACCGAGGUCACAAAAGUCGCUGCCUUUUUUACUGGGAACAAAACACAAGGAAACGGUUAGUGGCGUAAAGUUUCGGUCCACGGAGUCGGAAAUGUCCGGAAAAAAACGCACGCAUAGGAGUCCAACCGUUGUGUGA